CUGGCCACCUGCAGGGCUACUACCGCGCCGGCCACCGCCUGGUACUCAUCUUGCUGCUCAGGGAGCCUCGGCUUCUGUCAUCCUUGUGGCCUCUGUCGCCUCUGUUGCCGUCCCCUUCAGGCCCUGAGCCCCGCGAGCCCCGGCCGCGCACGCGGACAUGGGCGGCAGCUCCAGGGCGCGCUGGGUGGCGGUGGGGCUGGGCGCCCUGGGGCUGCUGUGUGCUGCGCUCGGGGUUGUCAUGAUCUUCAUGGUGCCCUCGCUCAUCAAGCAGCAGGUGCUCAAGAAUGUCCGCAUCGACCCCAGCAGCCUGUCGUUUGGGAUGUGGAAGGAGAUCCCUGUUCCCUUCUACUUGUCCAUCCGCUUCUUUGAGGUGGUCAACCCCAGAGAGGUCCUACAGGGUGAGAAGCCGGUAGUGCGAGAGCGUGGACCCUACGUCUACAGGGAGUAUAGACAAAAGGUCAACAUCACCUUUAAUGACAAUGAUACUGUGUCCUUCGUGGAACACCGCAGCCUCCAUUUCCAGCCAGACAAGUCCCAGGGCUCAGAGAGUGACUACAUCGUACUGCCUAACAUCCUGGUCCUGGUGGGGGCAAUGAUGGUGGAGGACAAGCCUACAAGCCUGAAGCUGAUGAUGACCUUGGGGCUGGCCACCAUGGGCCAGCGUGCCUUUAUGAACCGCACGGUUGGUGAGGUCCUGUGGGGCUAUGAUGAUCCCCUCGUGAAUUUUUUGAACAAAUACUUUCCAGAUAUGUUCCCCUUAAAGGGCAAGUUCGGCCUGUUUGCUCAGAUGAACAACUCCGAUUCUGGGCUCUUCACUGUGUUCACGGGCGUCCAGGACUUCAGCAAGAUCCACUUGGUGGACAAAUGGAACGGGCUCAGCAAGGUCAGCUAUUGGCAUUCGGAGCAGUGCAACAUGAUCAAUGGGACUUCUGGGCAGAUGUGGGCACCAUUCAUGACACCCCAAUCCUCGCUGGAAUUCUUCAGCCCAGACGCCUGCAGGUCCAUGAAGCUCAUCUACCAGGAAUCAAGGGUGUUUGAAGGCAUCCCCACUUACCGCUUCACGGCCCCCAAAACUUUGUUUGCCAAUGGGACCGUCUACCCACCCAAUGAAGGCUUCUGCCCGUGCCGCGAGUCCGGCAUUCAGAAUGUCAGCUCCUGCAGAUUUGGUGCGCCUCUGUUCCUGUCCCACCCUCACUUCUACAAUGCAGACCCUGUGCUGUCGGAAGCUGUACUCGGUCUGAACCCUGACCCGAGGGAGCAUUCCUUGUUUUUAGACAUCCAUCCGGUCACUGGGAUCCCCAUGAACUGUUCUGUGAAGUUACAGAUGAGCCUCUACAUCAAAUCUGUCAAAGGCGUUGGACAAACAGGGAAGAUCGAGCCCGUGGUCCUGCCACUACUGUGGUUUGAACAGAGCGGGACCAUGGGUGGCGAGCCCCUGAACACGUUCUACACACAGCUGGUUCUGAUGCCCCAGAUUCUUCACUAUGCGCAGUACGUGCUGCUGGGGCUGGGCGGCCUCCUGCUGCUGGUGCCCAUCGUCUACCAGCUGCGCAGCCAGGGUCCCAAAGGCACCGUGAGCCCCCCAAACCUGAUAGCUUGGUCAGACCAGCCACCUAGUCCCUACGCCCCACUUCUUGAGGACUCUCUCAGCGGACAGCCUGACAGUGCCACGGCCUGAGCCCCCCAAUGUCACACGUGUCCACACAUUACACACGCGCCCAGGCGUGUGCAGAAACACUCAGGGACCAGGGACAGACCCGCUGCUGAGCACGCCUGUUGGGCCACAGGCGCUCGCUCCUAAGUGUCCUGCGGGCAAGGCUGUGGGAGCUACUGCUGCCGUCGGCCCCCUCCUGUGAGGAGCUGGCCCUCCCCUGCUCUUGACUUCACUCUGCCCUUGUCUUUCUCCACCAGGCUCAGUUCCCACAGAGGACGGAUCUGUCACUCCCAGGGGCUGGGUGUGCGUCGGCCUCUUGUGCCAAGGCCAGGCACGCAGUUCCAGGCCCUGACCGGUCUGCACACACACUCUAGAGCUGUACCUGGCCCUUUCCCUCUAGUCUCUGCUAUGUCACCUAAACACUGAAUUGACCACUGUAAGUGGCUAAGGUGGCAGGUCCCUCAGGGUCCUUAGUUUUCAGGUAUGGGGUCAAUGAUAGAGAGGUAGGGGCCAUCUGCCCCUGGCACCUGGUCCCCCGAUGUCUGCUCUGGUGGCCUGGUGUACCUCCCCAGAGGGUAGGGAACAAGGAGGCCCAUUGCCCUGUAACUGGCCCUUUUUUCUACUGGAAGAGAAAUUUUAUCAUCUUUUGAAAGAAACUCAUGAUUGAAGCAAUAAACCUUUUCACAAAUUUAA